UUUGUGCAAGAAAACUCUGUGUCCCUAUUUCUUCAAAUAACGACACUCUUUCCCUCUUCUUCUUCAAUUGCAAAAGAAGAAUUUGAGCAGCAGUGGAUUCAAUGAUGAACGACCUCAACUCACCACACUCGAUGGGAACCACCAUUAUCGGCGUCACGUACGACGGUGGCGUUAUUCUCGGAGCCGAUUCUCGUACCAGCACCGGAUUAUAUGUGGCGAAUAGAGCUUCCGACAAGAUCACUCAGCUCACAGAUAAUGUUUACCUCUGCCGCUCUGGAUCGGCUGCAGAUUCACAAAUUGUUUCCGACUACGUACGCCACUUUCUCCAUCAACACACGAUGCAACUUGGCCAGCCUGCAACCGUCAAAGUUGCUGCCAACCUUAUCAGAAUGUUAUCAUACAACAAUAAGAAUAUGCUACAAACUGGGCUGAUUGUUGGUGGAUGGGACAAGUAUGAAGGGGGUAAAAUAUAUGGAAUCCCUCUUGGUGGAACUAUUGUUGACCAGCCUUUCGCAAUCGGAGGAUCCGGGUCUACAUAUUUGUAUGGUUUCUUUGAUCAAGAAUGGAAAGACGGGAUGACAAAAGACGAAGCUGAGAAAUUGGUGGUUAAGGCUGUUUCUCUUGCCAUUGCUCGAGAUGGUGCUAGCGGCGGAGUUGUUCGUACAGUAAUUAUAAAUUCAGAGGGCGUGACUCGCAACUUUUAUCCAGGUGAUACGCUUCCACUGUGGCACGAAGAGCUUCCGCCCCAGAAUUCACUUCUAGAUAUACUCUCAUCAUCUUCCAGUCCCGACCCGAUGGUUAGUUGAGUCUACAGAGAAUUUAUCAAAAAAACAUUGAUGUGUUAUCGUUAAUAAACGGUUAAAUUCAUAAUGACUGGAUGUCUGUACAUUUGGUAUGUUUGAUUUUUUCUAAGUUUUCUAAACAUGAUAAUGUUAUCUUUUUGGUCACAAA